CGUAAACGCGCCUACAACUGUACCCAUACAGUCUGCAGUAAACUCGAUUUACUCGAAACCGUCGGCACACACAUAUAUAUAUAUAUAAUAUAUAUUCCGCUAUAUGAAUACGAACAUGACGGCAUUUUUGAUUGGAAUUUAUUUCGUUUUAAUAGUAAUAUUUGUAUUAUAAUUUAUAGACCGAAUACAGUUAUAGUUCGUAAGCUGUAGGUGCGAUGGCGUUUUUACACCGUCUUAAUUGAUUAUCUCCACCCUCCCCCCCACCCUCACCCGUCUCGCGUUUUUACAAGUAUUAUUACGUCAAGUACGACGGGAAAAAACGCCGUGAAACACGAAUCUCGAAUAUUAAUAUUUAUUAUGUUAUGAUUAUACUCGUUUACUUCAGGGAUUGACUACGUGCGCUGAGGUGGUGAUAAAAAAUCAUCAGGAUCUGAUGGACGCUGCGGUAAACGGUUUCCUGACGUGCUCGUCAGAACUCAACUUGAAUAUCGGUAAUGUCAUUUUAGUAUAAUUAACUAGGGCUAUGCAAUAUAAGCUAAAUAUAUAUGUACACACACGAAUAAAAAUAUUUUUUUACUUUAAGGACGCCUCACACAGUCACGUUUAUUCGUCGUCUUUAAUACGUCUUGCUAACGAAUCAUUAUUUACAUUUAUGCAUGGCAAGUUCACGUUUAGCAGAACUAAUUUUGUGCUGUCGGUUUAAACAUUAGAGUGACCUAUUGUCAAAUUUGAGAGUAAGAAUGUUAUCCAUGUCGGUAUAUUGGUUUUUUUCUCUUGAAAUUCCAAUUUUUAAACGAAAUACAAUAUUUUAAAACGAUGAUAUUUCACACACACAUACAUAUCUCCUUUAAAAAUUAAAAUAUCGAAAAAGAUACGCACGCAAACACAGGCAAAGUUCUUCCAUUCAAAUUAAAAUAAUUAGUUAGUUCACAAUAAUAUUAAACCCAAUAGUAUAAAAUUCGUUCUUCCGAACGAAAAUUUCCUAUAAAAUGCGUUUGUAAGACGGAGACCACAAAUGAUAGUGUGUGCCAUCUUCUAAAUUUUUUUGUUCUUUACCAAACCUGGUGCUAUUAACGUAUUAGGUCUUUUUCGUUAGAUUUUAAUAUUUUACUAUACGAUACAUAAUUUAAAUAGCUAACGAUUAUAAAUAAAUCAUCAUGCGUUUUGUAUUAUCAAUUACUACAAUAAACUUAUAUGUCUAAUUCAGAUGGAACUUUCUGCAGUAUGAUAACGCGUGCAAGUUGGUGGAGCUUUUUUCGAGGACUUUAUGAGAAAAAUAGAAGUGAUGAGUGUUUUAAUUAACUAUCCUCGGGACUAGAGUUGUUUUCUCUCGCAUCCCAAUCAUAUAUGUACCAGUCUUAUAUUUUUGUACCCGUUUGGCACGACUACGCGUCUACGCCCACCGGUUCCCUUUACUAAAUGUCUAAAAUAUCCGUCUAUAAUGUCUAGAUAAUGUUAUAAUAUGGGAUAGUGAAAUUAUACUUUUUAUUUAAAUUAUACAGUCGAACUGCACCACUUUAGAUCAAAUUAAAAUUUUUUUUUUUUGAAAAACCACUCAUUUUUCUUUCCAUUUACAGGUUUAGGGUUGAGCAUGACUUUAAUGUGGUUUAAAAUAAAUAUUUCAAAAAUUAUAUUUAUACAUAAAGAAACUAAUUUUUAACUAAGUCAAAUAUUAGUUCGUAAGUGUGAAUGGAAAUCAGCGUUUUCAUAACUUUUUAAUUAAGUUUAUUUUGUCGAACAUUAUUGUUGAAACACAUUUCUUGGUCCGUGUGCAGUUCGAAUAUUAUUACCUGUUUUUGAUCUCAGUGCAGUUUGAUCAUUACCAUGUUCUAACCCAAAUGCAAUUCGACUAGAAUUCGACUUGUAUAAUAGACAAUUAAUAUAGUCCAAGGGUGGCCGAACGGUCGAUCGGGAUCGACCGGUAGAUCACGGACGGUUUAAAUGUCGAUCUUUCUAUGUUAAAACUUAUUUUUAUACAAUUAAAAGACAAAUCACAAUAAUUACUGAUAAUUUUUAUCUUAAUAUAUCAUUAUUUUGUUGUCGAUUUAUCAAGUAAUACAACUAAACAGCUUUUAUACUGGCAAUUGUAUUUAAAAUAGUGUAUAUCAAUAUUAAUAAAAGUAUGUGACGAAAACAAUAUUUAAAUAUACAUUUUAGUUUUAUUAUGUGCACGUGUAUGUUUAUUACCAAUACCUAUUAGGUAAUUUAUAGUUAUACAUUUUCGUUAGGAAGUCGAUCCUCAUUGUAAACAUAUAUUUUUAAUCUUAGUAGAUCUCUACCAAAAAAAAAUUUGGCCACCCCUGCAUAGUCUAUGAGUAUACCAUUUACCUAAAAUAAUUACAAUAUAAUUAUAGAUACGUGUACCGAUUUGUUGGACAGCAAGAUCGAUCACAGCGAUAAAAAAUACGACGGUUGUAAAGUAAGUAUCGCUCGAACGAAAGACUAUGAAUACCACCUGAUAUUAAAAUAAAUAUUAUUGUUAAUAAAAACACGCUUCCAUUUCAGUGUAUAAUGCCGUGCGUGGGUAAAAAAAUUGGUACGGUAUGUAUUAACACGCAUUACUUGUUGCGCCGUUUUACUUUACGUACAUAUUUGGAGGAGGGAUUCAUGUCAUACGUGGAGCUUUUAUCGGAUUGUUGUUUUAACGCUGGUUCAUAUUUAUGAAAAAGCAUAAGGACUCGACUUUUAUAGAUAUAACAAAUUAACAGUAAUAUGAGAGUUUGAGACAAAAAUCAUUAUAUAUAUUUUUAUAAGAACACGAAAAGUGUUGACUAUAAAUAUUAUAAUAUUGUUGAAGUCCGUAUGAUACGUAUAAUGGAUACAUAUUUUUAAUUUUUUAUGUUAUGUGAAAUUAAUAUAAAUCCGAAAACACUGUAGCAGAAAUCAAAACGCUACGGAUGCUCUAGAAAUGCAGUGAAUCCCUCUUGAUUUGAUAUAACUUUUUGAUACUUAACUGAUCUCGAUGGUUUUUGUGAGUUUAUUGUAGAUGGAUGUGGAAAACGGUAAGUGGAAUGAAGAGAAAUAUUGGGAAAUUAUCAAGCUGCUCGAGGUACCUGAAUGGAAAGAGCAGGGGGAAAUAAUCGGGAAAAAUUGCGUAGACAGUGAGUCAAUAUUGUAAUUUUUCUCUUAAAUAACAAGUUUGAUAAAAAAAUAAUGCGACGUAAAAAUAAUCAAACGCAAAUCCGAUUGCGGUUUCGGCUAUUCAGAUUUUAUUAUGUGCCGGCAAAAUUUCCUCGGAAAAUAAUAUUAAUUAUCUUCUUAGCUUUUAUUCCAUGGUCAAUAAGUCGACUACUCUUUUGUCGUCUUCCAUGUCUAUUUCAAUUUCUUAAUCUUCUUCAAAAUCCCUCAUAUUUCCUCUAAAAUAACACUUCUAGUUUACUUUUUAUUCAUCCUAGAUUUGCACCGGCUUCCGUCACACUAACGACUAACACAACUAUAUUAUAAUAAAUAAUUUUUUUUGAUUAUCUCAUAUCGUUUCUCAUUUUCUUAACAUGCUGUCAUUUUUUUAAUUUUAACGUCGACAAUAAUUAUUUUUAUUAUGUUUUAAACAUUUUUCGUAUUGAUUAUUGAGUAAAAUAAACCAAUAAAAAUCCUUAUCGUAAUCUUCUUUUUAUCACGAAAACACGAAUAUUUACCUACUUUGUUCGAUUUUCCUCGUUUAAAAUCAGCUAGGAAACAUAAUCACUAUAUAGUCUCAUUAAAUAAAUAUUACAUUUACGACAAUGAGUUGUUCAUUUUUCAAAUUUUGGACUUUGUGUCAUACAAUUAAUUUAUGAGGACGCAACUAACAGACACAAUCAUUAGUAGUGUUUUUUUUACAAAUAUACAAUACAGAUUGCUAUCUAUAGACUGUUCUGAAUUGCUUAAUUCUUUAAAUUUUAUGUCCCUCAACGAAAAUCUAGGUCUACUUAUACAGUACUUAUAACUAUGUAUUUUUGACACAUAAUUGCACAGAACAUAGAACCACGCUCUAAAUGCUUUUUUAAUCAGAUCCACGAGAUUAGCUAAUGAUACCCAAAUUGAUCUAUUCAAUUCAUUAAUUUGACUAUUAUUUUUUUACUUGUUAUUCAAUUCUUCAGUUUCUUAAAUUCCCUCUUGUUACUGAACGUAUAUUGUAUGUAUAUAACAUAUAUUUGGCUUUUAGCCAAUUUAAAUAAAUAAUUAAUUAAUUAAUCUACCAAAUUUGCGGUCAACAGAACCAGUUUUAUAUUAGAGGCAAUUGAGUUUUUAUCAAAUUUCAAGGGAUAAGAACAUUAAUAGUGUUUUUAAAUUGGUUUUUUUUAAAUAUUUUAAUCUUUAAGCGAGAUAUAAGCAUUUCUAAAUGUAUUAUAAUAUUUGACACAUUUAUCAAACAACUCGCUAAAAAAUUAAAAUGAGAAAAACAUUCGACGCACAAACACAUAUAGUUUACUUCCCUUUGAAAACAGGCCUAUUCACUCGAAUAUUAAAACUAACCGCACAAAACUGGUUUUGCAGCACGAAAAUGUGCUAUAUCGUGCAUUCACAAAGGUACGGAGACAGUAAAUCUGUGUUUUGUUCUCUUCUAGUUAAUGUGCAUUUGUGAUGGACUUACUAUCUAUAUACUAAAACAAAUGUUCGAGCUCCUUUAUGAAAUAAAAUACAGUUUAUUAAAUUGAUAUUUGAAUUAUACAACUAGAAUAGUUUUAACGGAAUCGUAUGUCUUAUUUCAGAAGUGAACACCCAUUGUUCGGCGGGAUAUCCGAUUUUCCAAUGUGCGAUGAAACACUCGAAAAUGGUACAUUUCUUUCCUAUUGUAAAAAAUAAGCAUUAAAACGCAUUAUUUUUUUGUUUGUAUAUAGUUUCAAUCAAUGUCUGAGGGUUAUCUGAAACAUAAACAAGCGAACCUAGAAGCGGCAAACAACACGAAUAUCGAAUACGAAGACGUCUAGGACGAAAAUCUUGAAAAUAUACUUUAGAUAUUGUUUAGUAUUUUUUUUUUUUCGGUAGUACAUAACAUCUUAUCUCGAAUAUUGUAUUAAUACAUUAUUUAAAAUCAAAUAUUAUACCGCUUAAACGAUGUUAUUUCAUAAUAUAUUAGGUAAAAUAUGCACACUACACAUUUUUUAAAUUCAUUUGUACUAUACGAACACAUAAAUGCAGAAAAGGCUUUUCAGAACCAUUAAAAAUAGAAUUCAAAACCCAAAGAAAUGAACAAGAAAGAACGACGGGAGAAAUCUACAUAAUUUGCUACAGAGCAGCACCUUAUGUACAAGAUGCCGUUUUUAAUCAAACCAGCGAAUACAAGCCAUCAAUCCAAGAACAGCUCCUCCAAAUCUCCAAAUCGGUGUAUACACCGUAACAGCAUGUAACCUAUACACACGAGAAACAUCUAGUUCUCCCACCCCUAUUUUUCCUAUUUUUCGUCGCAAAAGCGGACGGUAUACUUACUUUUUUUGAUGAUUGUUAAGUUAUUUCAAACGAUAUCAAACUGACUGUAUUGUAAAGAUAACUUUUAUUUUGUAUUCAGAAUACCUAUUCGAAUAAAUGAG